CUGCUGCCUUCUUCUGCCGGUGCCAUGGCGGGCAGCACCGGACCCUUCCUGCUUUGGGCCCAGGACGUGGCGACGCUGCUGAUUCUCCGGGUGCGGCGCACCGUCCUGCAGACGGCCAUUCUGCUCUGCGUGUUACUGCUUCUCCUCUGGGUCUCCAUCUUCUUGUACGGCAGCUUCUACUACUCCUAUAUGCCGACGGUCAGCUAUGUCAGCCCCGUACACUACCAGUUCAGGUCAGAUUGCAGCUUGCCUGGACCAGAACUAUGCUCUUUUCCCGUUGCCAAUGUUUCUUUCCUCAAGAACAGCCGCGACCGGGUCCUCAUGUACGGCCAGCCGUAUCGCAUCUCUGUGGAGCUGGAGCUGCCAGAGUCUCCCGUCAACCAGAACCUGGGGAUGUUCAUGGUGGUCAUAUCCUGCUACACCAAAGGCGGCCGCGUCAUCUCAUCGUCAGCCAGAUCCGCUAUGCUGCACUAUCGUUCAGACCUACUGCAGAUCCUGGACACCGUGACUUUUGCCAGCCUCUUCUUGUCAGGCUUUUCAGAGCAGAAGCAAACCAUGGAGGUCGAAUUGUUUUCGGACUACAAGGAGGACUCGUAUGCUCCAACAAUCGGUGCUGUGAUUGAGAUCCAAAGCAAGAGGAUUCAGAUCUAUGGGGCCCAGCUGCGAAUACAUGCUCACUUCACUGGCUUGCGGUACCUGCUCUACAACUUCCCAGUCACCUCCGCCAUCUUGGGUGUGUCCAGUAACUUUGUUUUCCUCAGCGUCCUUGUCCUCUUCAGCUACCUGCAGUGGAUCUGGGGCAGCGUAUGGCCUCGAGACUCGCUUUCUGUGCAGGUAACUGGCCAAGAAGGAUCUGGAGUACAACUGCGAGAAGACGUACGCAGGCGGGUUGUGAUCCCCAAAGCAGGCCUGGAGGAAGCCGAGGAGGUUCCCCCGGAACAACCCGAAGAUGUUGGGGCUGCUGAAGGUGUCGAGCUGCCUGGAGCAGUUGCUAUGAUGCAGACUGAGAAGAGCAAACCUGGAGAACCGGAUUCUGGAUCAGAAGCCAGCUUAGAGACAGAAUUUGAGUCUGUGGACAAUUCUUCGCUGCUCACAGAGGCCAACUUCCCAGCUGCUUCCCAGGAGGGGCAUCCUUCAAGCCUGCUGCCGUCGGAAGGAAGAGCCGCUUCACCUGGGGCAGAGAUCCGUCAGAGGAAUGUUUGCUCCAGUUCCUGAGAGGUUGCUCAGCCUCCCUCCCCUUGGUAUUUGCACUUCUAAUAGCAUAUGCCCAUCACCGGCCUUGCUUGUCCCAAGGGAGCUGCGCCUCCCAGCUUGUGUUUACAUUCCAGCCCCCUUUUCCUUAACGCCCGGAGACACUG